AUGAGAGACGACAUAGCGAUCAUGAAAGGCAUCAAACAGCCUUACUUUUGGUGCACGCUCGCCUUGGUUGCAAUCACUGUCUUCAUAUUGAAAGCCAUCUGUGACAAACGAAACUUAACUCAGACAGUUGUUAGCUUCCUCGGCAGCAUAUUCGGCAUAAAGCUCCGAAAUAUAACUAUUCCUGGGCCUUCCGGGCUACCUCUUGUAGGAUGUCUGAAUGAAUUCAAAAGUGGUCAUAUCCAGAAGCUUUCAGAAUGGUCCAGAGAAUAUGGCGAUGUGAUUCGUGUUCCUCUAGGUAAACGUGAAGCAGUGUUCAUAAAUAGUCACAAGGCUCUAGUACAGACAAUCGUCCAACAGGGUCCUGCUUAUCAGUCACGUCCUACGUUUGAGCUAUAUCAUAGUAAUUACGCAUCGGAUGGCAUCUGGACCCUUGGUACAUCUCCAAUAAACAUAAGCGUUGCUCGAACUCGUAAGGCAUUUUCUAGUCAGACGGCGUCUCGCAUCCUUCCUGUUUACAACUCAGUUGUCCACACGAGACUGAAAAAGCUUUUUGAUGACUUACUAAAUGUAAGUCACGGUCCUGCGAUUGACGUUGCUGAGAUCCUUCACUGUUAUGGCACCGGACAAAUUUGUGAGCAGCUCGUUGGGCAGACUCUUGAUGAUGCAACGGUGAGAGUCAUUGCUGAAAACGAGACGAAUAUUUUUCGUCAGCGCACGAUUGGUUCACCCCUUCGCGACUACAUACCUCUCCUGCGUGCCGCCAGCCAGGUUCGCUACUGGAUCAUGACUGUUUUCGGGCUUACCUCUGGUGAUCAGACUCCCUCCAUCGUGGGCAAUAUUAUGCGUCAAGGGCGAUUGAAUGACGACGAGAUUCUUUUGGCUUCAUACACAGGCAUUGCGGCUGGCAUAAAUCUAGGUUACUCACUUACUUGGAUUAUUGGUUACCUUGCAAACAGGCCAGAUUUGCAGCAGAAAGGAUUCGAGGCUAUCCGUGAGGUAUACCACGGCAAGGUACCCAAUCCUCAUGAAUUCGAUCGCGUCGAGUACGUUAAGGCACUUCAUACUGAUGGCUCCCGCAUGUUCACUCCAGUCCGUCUUGGAUUUCCCCGAGAAACACUUGAUGGUGCCAAAUAUAUGGGAAAUGUCAUUCCCAGCGGCACGCUAGUUGUCAUGAAUCUGUUCCAGGCAAAUCGUGAUCCCAUCGCAUUCGAUCGACCAAACGAGUUUUUACCGGAACGGUGGCUAGAUGGGCACAAAGGUCGUACCGACCGGCUUCUUGAAGGAGCAGAUAAAAUUGGUACGCCUCACUUAACCUACGGCGCUGGCCGUCGUGUUUGUCCUGGAAUCGAUGUGGCUAAUCGCGGGCUAUAUUCCACCCUCGUAAUUCUUUUACACUUUUUCACCUGGGAGCGACAGCCUCUGGGAGAAGGUGAGAAGAAUUCCGUGUCUCCCGCAUUUCGUGCCAAGCGCGAAUGCUCGCUUGAAAUGGAUGCUCUUCUGGAUACUGCAACGCCGACUGAGGCUCAGGCAAUUCCAUGGUCUGCUGGGAUCAUGUUCCACUGCCGUGAUCCUGAGGCCCUUCGUGCCUGGCUCGCGUCCGGGAAAAACUGA